AUGGUUGAUGUAAGUGGCAACCCGGAGAAGACCUCCUCACACCAAUUCGAUACACCCGCCCAAGAUUCCCCAUACAGCACCGAUCUCAAGCAAGAUGGGGUAGUCGUAGAUGCGGAAGCUUCCAGCCUCGGCUCACCGACUUUCCAGGGAGUUGAUGAAAAUGCUGUCCUCCGGAAGAUGGACAUUCGUCUCAUUCCCAUGCUGAGCAUGUUAUAUCUGCUGGCCUUCUUGGACCGCGGGAAUAUCGGCAAUGCGAAGAUAGAGGGGCUUGUUGACGAUCUCCAUAUGACGGGACCGCAAUAUAAUUGGACUUUGACCGUCUUCUUCUUUACAUACUGCGUCUUCGAAUUGCCGAGCAAUCUGCUUCUGAAAAAGCUAAGACCCUCGAGAUGGCUUCCCUUGAUUAUGAUCGCUUGGGGAAUUGUUAUGACCCUGAUGGGAGUUGUCCAUAAUUACGCUGGGUUGCUUGCAACUCGUCUGUUUUUGGGUGUCGCAGAAGCUGGUUUGUACCCUGGUGUCGCAUACUACAUUACACUCUGGUAUCCACGUCACCGAGCACAAUUCAGACAGGCUCUCUUCUUCAGCGCCGCAAGUGUUGCGGGUGCAUUCUCUGGGCUUCUUGCAUUCGGUAUCGCUAAAAUGGACGGCGUGGGUGGAUAUGCUGGUUGGAGAUGGAUUUUCAUUCUUGAAGGUCUUCUUACCGUCCUUGUGGCACUGGUAGCCCCAUUUGCCAUUCACGACUCCCCGGAAACUGCCUCAUUUUUAACCGAAGAAGAGCGUCGAUUUGUGAUCCACAGUUUGCGGAUUCAAAACUCCGUAGACUCGCGCGAAAUUGAUCAAACGAAUGAUAAGUUCGAAAUGCGCUAUGUCAUUGAGGCCUUCACUGACUGGCAAAUGUGGCUGGGUCUAUUCAUGUACUGGGGUAUCACCUGUCCGCUAUACGGCAUUUCUCUUUUCCUUCCCUCGAUCAUCAAGGAUCUAGGCUAUAAAUCCUCGACUGCCCAGCUUCUCACUGUACCGAUUUAUAUCACUGCUGCAAUUGUAGCUGUUAUUGCAGCAUGGAUAUCAGACAGACGCAAGGAGCGAUCCCCGUUCAUUCUCUUCUUCAUGGGCAUGAUCGGCAUCGGCUUUAUUAUCUGUCUAGCAUCUACUGGUCGCGGAGUCCCAGGUGUUAUGUACUUCGGUAUCUUCGUCGCCGUCGUCGGAAUCUAUCCAGCAUUCCCUGGAAAUGUCACAUGGCUCAGUGUCAAUAUGGCAGGCGACUACAAGCGAGCCGCCGGCAUGGCUAUUUACAUUGGACUGGGAAACCUGGCAGGAGCUAUGUCGUCAAACUUCUACCGUGCUCAAGAUGCGCCGAAUUACAUCCUCGGCCACUCCCUUGAACUUGCUUUCGUUGUCGUGGGCAUGGCAGCGGCUGUCCUUCUGCGUGUGACCUACCAGCGUAUUAACCGGAAGCGGGAUGCUAUGGAUCCUUCGGAGUAUCCCGAGAAUCCUGACUCGCUGGGCGAUCGGUCUCCUUUAUUCAGGUACAUGCUUUGA